UACCAUUUGUUCAUCUGUCUACAUAAUCCAGUAUUAAUAUGAUGCCACUUUACUACAGCAUCGCGCAAUUAUAACUAUAUGAUAUAUACUAUCCUCAACUGGAUUGUCAACUAAUUGUUAAAGAGUCUGGAGUUUCUAAACCCAGAGUAGCAACAUCGCGAGACUUCCCGGAACGCUUGUGAAACAGACUAGAAAGACCAGGUCGGGGUUUUGCGUUGGAGAAGUGAAAAAUAUUCCAUAGUUGUUCAUUUUCUCGAAAUCGAAAGGCAAAUCCUAGAUUCGAGCCGAUGUCUUCAGUAGUUAAACAUGGUAUUACUCCAACCUCGUGAUAGUGACAAACUGACACGUUUUAAUUUGUCAAAAACAAUUUUAUAUCGAAUGAGUGCCUUUGAAUUGACGGCCUGUACAUGCGCAGUUCGGCGAGAGUCGACCGUUAUACCAUAUGUUGUUUAUAACUAAACCUUGUUCUAUAUGUGGUUAUACGUACUUCUGCUCAUGUGCUUAGCUAGGCAACGUCGCCAUGACAUCACCUACAAGUGUGAACGGCGAUUUCAAUUGGAGAGCAGUUUCUGUCUAUCAUCAUACUGUACUGACUUUGUCUACUCCUUGCGGGCUGCGUCAUACUGCUGCAAUGUUGACGGUCUCGAUUAAUAUUAUCGAGCAUAGAAAUAGAACGCAUAGAACGCCCCGCACACCAUCGUUGUUUCAACCAGGGAGUUCGACACAACAAGAGAGAGAAGUAGAGCCACCCAAAUAACAUCAGAGGAAUAAAGCGACCGAAGAGAGGCUGCAAAAUGAAGAGGGGGCGAUAAACAUAGCUGUAUAUAGCUUAGCACGCAUGCUAACGUUGGCUUCUAGUUAGCUAGCUACGUCGAAACGGCCACGCAGAGAACAACAUCAAAAGGCGAUAGUCAGAAGAAGGGUUUACAACUGUAUUUCAAUGGUAUUUUUAAAUAAAAGCAGGUUCGAGCAUUAUGUCCUGCUCUGGUAACCUGGUUUGGGAUGUUAACAAGCGUUCCAUUGGAUAUAAUGACCCGAAUGCUGUCAGGAUCAACUACUUAGGGAGAAGAGAAUUUGUCCAGCGACUGAAACUCGAAGCGACACUCAAUGUUCACGAUGGCUGUGUCAAUACUAUAUCCUGGAACGAUACCGGGGAGUACAUCUUGUCAGGGUCGGACGAUACCAACCUGGUCAUCACAAACCCAUACAACAGAAAGGUUAAGGCAACCAUACGGUCGGGUCACCGGGCGAACAUCUUCAGUGCUAAGUUCAUGCCUCAGACCAGUGACCAGCAGAUCAUCUCGUGCUCUGGGGAUGGUAUCAUCUACUACACCCACACAGAGAAGAGCCCCGACAUCAACAGGCAGUGCCAGUUCACCUGCCACUACGGAACAGCCUACGAGAUUAUGACAGUACCCAACGACCCCUAUACGUUCCUGUCGUGUGGGGAGGACGGCACCGUGCGCUGGUUUGACCUGCGCACAAAGACCAGCUGUACUAAAGAGGACUGCAAAGAUGACAUCCUGAUCAACUGUCGGCGGGCGGCGACGUCUAUCUCCAUCAGUCCGCUGGUGCCCUAUUACCUGGCGGUGGGCUGCUCCGACAGCUCCGUACGCAUCUAUGACAGACGCAUGCUGGGCACCAGGGCUACGGGGAACUACAUGGGCCGUGGAACGACGGGCAUGUGUGUGCGCUUCGUUCCGGCACACCUGUCCAACAAGUCGUGUCGUGUGACUUCGCUCUGCUACAGCGGGGACGGACAGGAGGUGCUGGUCAGCUACUCUUCAGACUACGUCUACCUGUUUGACCCCAAUAAUGACCAGGCCCGAGAGCUGAAGGGUCCGUCCGAGGAGAGGAGGGAGGAGCUGCGGCAACCCCCAGUGAAGCGUCUUCGUUUACGAGGUGACUGGUCUGACACCGGUCCACGAGCUCGUCCUGAGAGCGAGCGAGAGCGGGACGGAGAGCAGAGUCCCAACGUGUCGCUGAUGCAGAGGAUGUCGGACAUGUUGUCCCGCUGGUUUGAGGAGGCCAGCGAGGCCCAGGGCAGCCGGGGGACCACGCGCCCUCAGACACGCCCUACAGGCACUCUUCCUCGCAUAGAGGGGGCCCCCACCAUCCCAACACUCCCUACAAUACCCCCUCCACAAGCAGCCAGAGCCCUAGAGGGCUCUGUGGAAAUGGAGGCCUCCGCCGUCAACCCUGUACCUGUACCCCUCUCCAAGUCCACUUCCUCCUCAGGGUCAUCGUCAACGGUUACAGCACAUCCUCCGUCAACCUCCUCAUCCAUGGAAGGCUCGGUGCUUCCCUCAUGCGCCCUCACCUCCUCCCCAGAUUCAGAGCAGAGGAGUCAGGCAGACACUGCUGUGACCUCCACGCCAACACCCACACCCACCACAGAGGCCGCAAUGUCCGAUUCUCCCUCGUCUGUGGUUAACAAACAGCUGGGAUCCAUGACUCUGGAUGAGCAGCAGGGAGCAUCAGAAGCUGUGAGUGUGAGUGCUGGAGCGAGUUCAGUCAAAGUGAAAACUCUGUCUGCGUCUGCCAGUGUAACUGGAACCUCGUCUGGGUCCGGGGCACCCAGCAGCAGUACUGGACCUGGAGGUAGCCGAGCCAGCACGGCAGAACCCGUCCUGAGUCUACACUACAGCACUGAGGGAACCACCACCAGCACCAUCAAACUGGACUUCACUGACGAGUGGAGCCGCAGAGCUCCCAAUUCCAGGGGCAGCGGAGCCUCCAGUUCCAGGGGCAGCGGAGCCUCCAGUUCCAGGGGCAGCGGAGCCUCCAGUUCCAGGGGCAGCGGAGUCUCCAGUGGAGAGUCCAAACCGUCAGAGGCAGCAGGGGCCGCCCAGACCAGGGAAGGGCCCUUGGCAGAGAGCUCUGCCUCAGAGCAGGUGGCUGUGUCGGAGCCCUCCGGCCAGAGCAGGUCUGCUGCUUCCCACACAGACCCACUGUGUGAGGCUGGGGGUGCCUCCUUCUCCAGCACCCAGGGCUCCACGCAAGCCCAGGCCACAGCACAAGCCUCCUCUGUGGGGGAUAGUGUGACUGCCACGCCCCUGGAAAGGAGCCAGGGUAUGGGUGCGGAGGACACCACUGGGGGGUGCAGGAGAGAGGAGCCUGUGGGGGAGGGGGGUCCAGGGGGGCAGGGGGUUCCAACGGGACCGGGAGGACAGGGUCAACCCUCCCGUAGCCACCAGGACUCAGACGACAGUGAUGACGACCCAAUUCUUAUCCCCUCUGCGAGGUACAGAGGAGGACAGGGACAGAGACGCUCAGCUGCGGCCCGUAUCCAGGAACUGUUUCGUCGGAGGAAGGAGAGGAGAGAGAUGGAGGAGAGUGAGACACAGAAUAUCAGGAGACCCUCAGUAAAAAUGGUCUACAAGGGCCACCGCAACUCCAGGACUAUGAUCAAGGAGUCGUGUUUCUGGGGGAACAACUUUGUGAUGAGUGGUUCAGACUGUGGCCACAUCUUCAUCUGGGACAGACACACGGGCGAGCACCUGAUGCUGCUGGAGGCCGACAAUCACGUAGUCAACUGUCUCCAGCCACACCCCUACGACCCCAUUCUUGCCUCGUCAGGGAUCGACUACGACAUUAAGAUCUGGUCACCUCUGGAGGCGUCCCCGUCCUUUAACAGAGUCCUAGCUGAUGAGGUGAUAACGCGUAAUGAGUUGAUGCUUGAGGAGACCAGGAACACCAUCACAGUCCCCGCCUCCUUCAUGCUGCGAAUGCUGGCCUCCCUUAAUCACAUAAGAACGGAUCGCUUGGAGGGUGACCGCUCAGAAGGUUCUGGACAGGAGAACGAGGAUGAGCAGUAGCUGCCCGGACAACAUUUUAUUUGAAAAAGAAAACACAAUUUUUCUUUUGCUCUAAAAAAGCACUUGAAGAUCUUGAGAUUUGUACAAGUAUUAUGUAGAAUAUUUCUUUAUCUGAGCAUUAGUUACAUUUUUAGCUCUUCUUUUUUAAGAUGACUUUCUUACUGGUGUGUCUGUAUGAGAACUGCAUUUGAGGAAAAAAGUGUGUGAAUGCAAGCGCAAAGCCAGACAUAUGUGUGUGUGUGUUUAUAUAUAUAUAUACAGUUAUAGUUGCAAGUUUAAAUACACCUUAGCCAAAUGCAUUUAAACUCAGUUUAUCACAAUUC